GUAAACUCAGUCAUCUCCCACGUGGAUGGUUGCCGUCGGGUGGCGUUUGCCGCCGGCAUCAUAAGAGCAAGCAAGCUGCCCACAGGAGACGAAGAAAGCUGACCGCCACAUCACCACAUCAAGAGUACAUCUAUCAACAACAACAACAACAUGUAAACGACCACGAUGCGCUGCUCACACCUUCUCCUGAAUGUUCUCGGUGCUCUUGGCUGCUUCGCGCACGACCGCCAGCAGCAACUCCCGCUGCUCCAACAUGCCGACAACCGCAAUGUCAGCGCAGCACUCUUCGCAGAGCUGGAAGAGCUCGCUCGCGUAGUGGACAUCGCAUAUUGUGUGGGGAGUACAAGCUGGGGUAUCUCGAAACCCUUCAGCUGUCUGUCCAGGUGUAGUGACUUUCCCAGCUUCGAACUGAUUACGACGUGGAAUACUGGACCUCUUCUGAGUGAUUCCUGCGGCUACAUUGCCCUGGACCACGACAAGCGGCGAGUCGUUGUCGCUUUUCGAGGCACUUACAGUAUCAGCAAUGCUGUUGUCGAUCUGAGCACUGUCCCGCAAAAGUACGUUCCCUAUCCUGGCGAGGAUGACGGAGACGAGCCUUCCUUUCGUGUGGCAGGUCAGCCCAAGUGCAUGAAUUGCACUGUCCACAUGGGCUUUCACUCUUCAUGGCUCAAUACGCGGAAGCAGAUACUGCCCGACCUGCAGGCACAGCUAUCUGCACAUUCUGACUAUCAGCUGACUCUGGUCGGCCACUCUCUUGGCGGCGCAGUCGCGGCUUUGGCUGGUCUAGAUUUGCUUGCGCGAGGCUACCACCCAGUGAUCACAACCUUUGGUGAGCCCCGAUCUGGAAACGUCGGUCUUGCCAAAUACAUCGAUGAACGAUUUAACCUGACGACGAAUGUCCCUGUUGACGAUACACAAACCAACUACCGAAGACUGACUCAUAUUGACGAUCCGGUUCCUCAACUGCCCCUGACAGAGUGGGGAUAUGCUAUGCAUGCUGGAGAGAUCUACAUAUCAAAGUCUGACCUAUCGCCCGACAUUGUAGAUCUGCAGCAUUGCAAGGGUGACAAUGACAAGGAUUGCAUUGCCGGCCAAGACUCAACUUUGCUCGCAUCUGUCAAAGACGAGAUUUAUGAUAUUACGACGGAGCCAUGGGGUAUCCCAUCUCGAUACAAGCUCUGGCAGCUGCUAUUUGCGCACCGCGACUACUUCUGGCGAUUAGGCCUGUGUGUGCCAGGUGGUGACCCACUCGGCGGCGGAGGAAAGUACAAGUUUGUUCAUGGAGACUUGUGAGACUUGCUCUUCAUUCCAGAAAACCGAGAUGCAGACUGCGUACCAAUCGCAACAUGUAUCUGUUGACUGUUGGCAGAUCCAAAAAGCUAUAAUCCUUCAUUGCCACACACUUUGUUCUAAAAAUACGGCACUUUCUCAGCCAAGGUGAGAAGAUAAAGCCGAAUCCUUUGUCCCUACAAGUCAUUGUUCAGUAGUGCAGUCACAUGUAAUAAUGGAGAAUAUGUUUAAAUGAGUUCCGU